AUGAUACACAACCAAAAGGCCGACGACUUACUCAGAGGGCGUCGAUUGCUAUCUGUUGGUGGGCUGUCUUGGGCAGUCUUGGACACUAACUUGGGUCCUUCCUUAAUGAACCUUUUCAUGGUCCUUGGCGAUAUUUUCCUUGAAGUUUCCAACCUGAACAUUCUUCUAUACAAGUUUAUCAUACAAAUUUUGACGUACGUUCAUGCUGAGGUUGACACUUACACGACCAUUGUUAUUGACGUUGACAUUGAUGUAUACGUUCAAGUUGACAUUGAUGUUGACGUUGAGGUUAAAAUUGACGUUGACUUUUAUAUUGACGUUAAAAUUGACAAUCACGUUCACAUAGACAUUCUUAUUAACGUUCCCAUAGACAUUGACAUUGUUGUUGAUGUUCAUGUUUAUGUUGAUGUGGACAUUGACGUUUACAUUUAUGUUCACGUUCAUGUUUAUUUUAAUAUUUACAUUGAUGUUAACUUUGACAUUUUAAUUGAUGGUGACAUUAUUGUUGAUGUCGACGUUGACAUUUACGUUAACAUUCACGUUGAGGUUGACGUGAACAUUGACAUUGAUAUUUAUGUUGAUGAUCACUGUAAUGUUUAUGUUGACAGUGACAUUCAUAUUGAUGUUUAUCUUAACGUUCACAGUGAUAUAGACGUUGAUGUUCAUGCAUAUGUUAAUGUUUAUAUUUAA